AUGGUGUUACAAGGCACACUGCUGAAACCAUCUCUACAGAUCCGUGGCUUAUGGCGGCGGUGUUGAUAGAAGAAAUGAUUAAAGAGACGUGGCUGAACUUCUUAAUGCAUUUUAUUCGCGUCUGGUUUUUGGAACCUGAUAUUGUUGUCGACAAAGUAUUAGAUCUCUUCCUAAGGCUUCCUCAUUCUCGGAGCAGGACGGAGAUGGAAGCAGAUUACAUCGGACUUAUGGUAAUGGCUUCUGCAGGGUAUGAUCCUCGAAAAGCUCCCCUUGUGUGGAAGAAGUUUGAAGAAAUGAGUGAAACUUCAUUAUUGGGUGAUUUUAUUUCUACUCAUCCUUCUUGCGAGAAGAGAUGUCGACUACUUUCUCAGCCUCAAGUCAUGGAAGAAGCCCUUGCAAUAUAUAGGGACAUGCUCCCUACAAGCUGGUCGGCGAUGGCCAGGCUCUGGCUCGAUAACUUGAUCAAGCCAUGACUUUUUUUUUUUUUUUUACACCUAAAGAAAGAAAAGUACUCACACUUUAGCAUUUUAGGUGAG